AUGGCGGUUAAGGCAUUGGUGGUGGCAAUGAUGCUGGUUGUGCACUGCUUCGACGUAGGGCUUGGUGCUGGAGGCGAUGGCCUGUGCCUCGGCUCGCCCGACUAUGGCGACGCUCUGGCCAAGGCCAUCCUGUUCUUCGAGGGGCAGCGGUCGGGCCGGCUGCCGGCUAACCAGAGAGCCAGGUGGCGCGGCAACUCUGCGCUCGCCGACGGCCGACCUGAAAACGUUAACCUGACGGGUGGGUACUACGACGCCGGCGACAACGUCAAGUUCGGGUUCCCGAUGGCCUUCACGGUGACCCUGCUGAGCUGGAGCGCCAUCGAGUACCGCGGCGACGUGGCGGCGGCGGGGCAGCUGGGCAACCUCCGUGCCGCCAUCCAUUGGGGCGCCGAUUUCCUGCUCCGCGCACACACAUCUCCCACCACCCUCUAUACCCAGGUGGGGGACGGGAACGCGGACCACGGGUGCUGGGAGCGGCCGGAGGACAUGGACACGCCGAGGACUCUGUACAAGAUCACCGGGGACUCGCCUGGGUCGGAGGCAGCCGGCGAGGCGGCUGCGGCGCUCGCAGCGGCCUACCUAGUGCUCAAGGAAGACGGUGACAAGGCGUUCGCGUCGCGGCUCCUGGCCGCGUCCAAAUCGCUCUUUGAGUUGGCCAACAAUUACAGGGGGUCCUUCCAGUCGUCCUGCCCCUUCUACUGCUCCUACUCCGGCUUUCAGGAUGAGCUGCUCUGGGCCUCGGCGUGGCUCUACCGGGCGACCAAGGACGGCAAGUACCUCAACUUCCUCCGUGACAACCAGGGGUCCAGCAACCCUGUCAACGAGUUCAGCUGGGACAACAAGCAGGUUGGAGCCCAGAUGCUCGCAACACAGGAGUAUUUGAAAGGAAGGAGAGAGCUAGCAAGGUACAAGACCAACUUGGACUCCUUCGUCUGCGCCCUCAUGCCUGACAGCGGCAAUACGCAGAUACGCACAACUCGUGGAGCGCUUCUCUUCACGCGCGAUUCGGUGAACAUGCAGUACACCACCACCGCGGCCCUCGUCCUCUCCAUCUACUCCAAGACGCUCCAGUCCUGGGGCGUCUCCGACGGAGUCCGCUGCAGCGCCGCAAGCUUCUCCCCGGAUCAGAUCGCCUCGUUCGCCGCAUCACAGGUCGACUAUAUCCUGGGGAGCAACCCGAUGGGCAUGUCGUACAUGGUGGGCUUCGGCGGCGCGUUCCCGCGGCGCAUCCACCACCGCGCCGCGUCUAUCCCCUCCAUCAAGGUCCUCAGCAGGAGGGUCCCCUGCAACGAGGGCUUCUCCUCGUGGCUGCCCACGAGCGACCCCAACCCGAACGUCCAUGUCGGCGCCAUCGUCGGAGGGCCCGACGAGAACGACCAGUUCGGCGACAACAGGGGGGACUCGGCGCACUCCGAGCCGGCCACCUACAUCAACGCCGCCUUUGUGGGUGCCUGUGCGGCUGCCAUGGGGCAGAGCCAGAAACCUGCGUCGCCGACUUUAGCGUCUUACUAGUAGUAGACCACAAGGAUAUGCGCACUCGUUGUUACACGCAACGCAAGCAAGAUACUACUGGUACUACUAUGCUCUGUUCCUAAAUUUCCACGUGUGUAAUGUAUUUGUAACAUAUGCAUUCGCUACCAGAACUCUGAACCCGUUCGUGAUCGUCGUAUUAUAGAAGUUUAUAAUGUAAUAACAAGACAUAAAAAUACAGUACCAAGUUUAUAUCAGCUCAGGAUUCUUCUCCCCAA